AUGUCUGCACGCAAGCGCACCAACUCUGUCGCCGAUAAUGCAGACGAGCCGCCCAUCGCCAAGCGGCGCUCGUCGCGACAAGCCGCAGUAGCAGCAGCAGCAGUUACGGCGUCCAAAGCCGCCUCAGUAGAGACGGACACGGCAGUCAAGUCGGACAUGAAGAAGCAGAAGCAGCCUGUCAAAUCGUCGUCAGCCCCGAGCAAGGCUCUCAAAAAGGCAAAGACUGGCGGCGGAAAGGGCAAGCAGGAGGAGGAACAGGAGGCAGCGCCGCAGCCGGUCAAGACCCUGAAAAAGGCAGCGGGCAAAUCGGGCAAGAAGCAGAGUAAGGCCGAGGCUGCGGCGGCGGCGGCGGCCGAGGGGCAAGAGGACGGCCGGACAGGGUCGGAGGAUCCGGACGUGGAUGCGAUACCGGCCGUGAAUCCGGACGCGCCCAAGCACGAGGGCGAGUGGUACUGGCUGAUGAAGGCGGAGCCGGAGACGCGCAUGGAGAAUGGGCACGAUGUGCGCUUCUCGAUUGAUGAUUUGAGGGCCAGGACAAAGCCCGAGGGCUGGGACGGUAUUCGCGCGUAUCCCGCGCGUAAUAAUAUGAGAAAUAUGAAUGUGGGCGACAAGGCCUUCUUUUACCACUCCAACUGCAAAGAGCCUGGCAUUGUCGGCAUCAUGGAGAUUGUCAAGGAGUUUUCCGAGGACAAGAGCGCCAGACGUCCCGGAACGCCCUAUUACGACCCUUCCUCAACCAAGGACAAGCCCAAGUGGGAUCUGGUGCACGUUGAAUUUCGGAAAAAGUUUGCCGUGCCCAUCUACCUCAAGGAGCUGCGCAAACUGGGUGAAGCGGGCGGGCCACUGGCGGAAAUGCAGAUGCUCAAGCUGGGACGGCUGAGCGUGAGCAAGGUGAGCGCGGGGGAGUGGAGGGCGCUGUGUGAGUUGGCGGAUGAAAAGGCAAAGGAGGCGGGUUUAAAACACGAGGAAUAA